GCUGCAUGGCAUCAUAAUUAAUUAUUACCUCAAAGUUGUUGACCCUAUUUUCUCUUGGGAUACAUAUAUUUUGAUUUCAUUUGGUACAUACAUAAUAAUAAUUUCUUGAAGUUCAGCUUGGCAUUCUAGUUUUUCUGCAAAAUCCACCAUUAACGACAUAUACAUAUUGCUGAGGGACAAUUGGGUUGUCGUUCAAGUUGAAGUUGAAGUUGAAGUAGAAAACAUAUAUAUGGCAGAAAAUCAAGCUUAUUAUUAUGAUCAGAUUUCCCACAUCCUUUCUGAAAAAAUGUUGGAAGAAAGGGAAAUGAAAUGGUGCGUAAGCAAUUUAAAAUACCAAGAAGAAAUAAUCAAAAGAGAAGUGAAAUUGAAGGUGCAAGAAUUGAAUAAGCUUCAUCUAUCUCUAGACAAGCUCUCUUUUGCAAAUUAUGCCUAUAGGGUCAUCAAACCCAAAUCAACUUCAUGCUUAUCAGUUGGAGAACUUGAUAGCAACAAACUGAAGUUCCUAAUGCAACAUGGAAGCAAAAAUAUAGCCAAUGAGAAGAAGUUAUUAAGGGAGAUCAAUUCAAGCAAGAAGAAGAAAAUUAGAACAACAACAAUUGAAGAACUUGAUGUUCCUAUUAAGAAGAAGAAUGAUGAAAUUGAGAAUUCCCAUUUGUAUUUAUACACAACAGAUUUUGAAGGGAUUAAUGAAGAGAUGAAAAGGCUUGAAAUGGUGAAACAGAAGGCUGUGGCCAAUGCUGCUGUGGGUGGAAAGCUUUGGAGCUCUUUGGGAACCAAAAAGGAUAUCCAACAAGUAGUUAAUGUUAUGUAUGAGGAAUUAGAUGAGCUGAGGUUAAAGCAAAUUGAAACUCGAAAUGAAACUAAGUAUGGGGAGAAGAAAUUGAGGAUUGUACAGAAACAAAUCUUGUUUUUACACAAACAAUUGGAAUAAUAUCCAUAAUUUGUGUAUUAUUUUUAUUUAGGAUGGAAUAUUUUACCCUUACAAAGUUAAUUUAUCAACUGUUACUUUCAAUUUUAUCAAA